GUUUUUUAUGUCACGACGAUGGCCAACGAAUCUUCAAUAAGAGCUCGAGUAGUUGUUCAGCAGUGUCUACAUGCAAAACUUCAGGUGAAACUUUCGGAAGCCAAGAGUGGGGCCGAAUGGGUUGAGAUUAGCCGGGGAAUGGUUAUCUAUGUCUGUUUCUUCAAGGGUGCAACCGAAGAUAUAAUCCCCAAAAUGGUGAACGGUCUACUAAACAUGAAGAUUUGUGAAACAGAUUCUGGGAAGUAUACUUCAGUCCUCGAAUUACCUGGCAGUGUUCUUAUUGUACCUCAAGCAACACUGGGAGGAAAACCUAAGGGUAAAGGCAUGCAGUACCAUGGCAACAUUGGCAAAGAGGAUGGACAGAGGCUUUAUGCUAGCUUUGUCGCCCAUUGUGAGAAUGAGCUUAGUUUGUCUUGCAAAUGCAGCGAAGCUGGAACAGAAGUCAAACAUGGAACGUAUGGUAACAGACAAAUCCUGAAGCUGGAUACAAAUGGACCCUACACCCAUUUAAUGGAAUUUUAAGAAUUUAAUGUCUCGACAUGGACAAGUAACAACUUCAUUAAAG